CACACACAUACACACAACACACACAACUAGUGGUGCCAUCAGUGAACUGGAUUUAUUAUCCAAACUGGAUUACAGUAAACGGUUUAAACUUUUAAGGGGGGGAAGCAAUUUUAUGAAAACAUGGAGAACGUAAACAACAGCAGCAAUGGCAGCUUGGACAGCUUGGGUAGGCAUCCCCCCAGCUCCAUGCUCAACAAGUUCUCCACCAUCUUUGUGCGGGACAAGCCGCCAGACGCGGAAGGCUCUACGGAAGUGCCGAUCUUGACGUCCUACAGGCCGCUCUCAGAGGACGAGAUCAAUAUCAGGCCCGGCGAUCUCGAAAGACUCAGAGAGUUCGGGAGCUGGCACAACUUGCACAGCAGCUUGCACAGCAGCCGUGUCAAUGGACUGCAGCCGAGUGGCUUUGAGGUCAAGAAGCGCGUUGAAUCAUGGGAAACCGAGUCCAGGGAUCCGAUGUCCCCCAUAGAGGAGAGUUCAAAGGAGCGCACCCCCAGCAUGAGAAAACACAGGGCCUCCUCUACUUCCUCACGGGAAGCCGACCUGGUCGAGGUGACCAUGGUGGAGGUCUACAGCGACACCGAACCAGAGGACGAGGAGACGGGCUUCCCCCUCCACCAAUUAAAAGAAACCAGUGGCCCUAUCGACCAAUCACAAGAGUUGGACAGCCCUCUCGACAUGUCCAAAGAGCCCUCUGAUCAACAGGAGCCCAGCCUCUUCCCUCGCUGGUCAUCCCCCUCCUCCUCCCGCUUCUCCUCGUCAGCGGCCGAGGAGCCUGUAAAUGAUAAAUCAGAUCAGGCGCAGGAGACUGACAGCUGCAGGGAUGAUGCGAUUGAGCCCCCGUCCAAGUCUGAGCAGCAGUGUCCCGUGCCGAAUGUCGUCAGAGCAGGCGAGAGCUCCCUGGAGCGGUCACUCGGAGACAGCUCUGCCUUGUGGAGGGCGAGGUCCUGCCGAGACGUCUCUUCGGCCGAGUCCCUCGCACAAGAGCAGCUGUUUCAAGCCUCCGCGCGCUGGCGUAGCCGCAGCUACCAAAGCAGCAGCAGCAGCAGCAGCAGUCCCAGGCGGGUCGAGGACAAGCCUCCUACUUCCCCAAGCACAGAGGAUACUAAGGAGGAGGAUGCAGAUGAGGACGACAUGGGUUCGGAAAUGUCAGCAGCGAGAGCCCGGCGGCGGCGACAGGAGGUCAACAAAGCCGCCGAACUGAAGCAGAGGCAGGCGACGGCGCAUCUGGAAGCUUCCGACGGCGACCCGCUCCUGAUUCUCUCGGCCACAUCGGCUAAAGUCUCCCUGUCGAACAGACACAAGGCGUUCUCUUCUUCCUCGACAUCCUUAGCUGCUUUCCUUAACUCUUCCAGCGCGACUGGAGAUGGCGCUGGGGGGAAGGAGCCGCCGGAGUGGAGGAGGGUCGGAGGAGGAGGCGGAGCGGAGAUGGCUCCGGAGCAGGGCCUCCCUGGCACCGGCUCGACCCCGGGCCAGCCCGACUCGGCUGACGGCCAGCCAGACAGCAGGAGCAGCAUCAUCCUCAGCGGUGGCCAGGACACAAAGGGCCUUUCAGAGCACUCACAGGGAGAGGGAUGGUCAACAGCUGACAUCCAGCCAAGUGCCACCUCUCCUGCCACCUCCCCCUCCUCCCCCUCCUACUCCUCCUCCUCAUCAGUCCCUCCCUCCCGUUCUGCAUCCUUCUCUCCGCUCUCGUCUGGAGGGGAGAAGAACUUCCAGUUGCCGGCGCUGUUCAGCGGUCUGCGCGUGCUGAAGAAGGGAGCGGUGGGCGAGGAGCGCGAGACCCUCUCCGAGAUCCGGCAACGCGACGGCGACCGGGCUCUGCUCAGCCUCAAGCAGCACGUCAACAAGGCCAAGCUCCUCCCCUCCGCCGAGCAUCUCGCCGCCAGCAGCAUCAGCAUCGUCACGCGGACCGCGUCCACCUCCGCGUCAGCAGCAUCCGCCGCCAAGUGGAGGUUGUCUGACCCUGGAGGAGUAGGGGUAGUGGACAACACCGUGUGGCUGAACGAGCAGUCAGUCGAUCCAGAGGGCAAAGCAGACGAACUGGUUGGCGGUGAGUCUCCUGGUUACCCUGGCACCACACUGUCAUCACAACACCCAGAGGCUGAAGACGGAGGACUCAAGGAGGGCACAGCAGAGGAGAACGCUUCUGCUGCUGGUGCUGCUGGUGGUGUUGGGACAGCACCAGAAGACACUGCUGCUGCGACUGCCGGCUCUACCGGCAGUAGUGCCAAGACCUCAGAGACGGCUUUCAGCCUCGAAGCCUUCAGGUCCUUCUUCACCCCCAGGGCUGCCAAGAAAGAUGGAGACGGAGAGCCCUCGGUGGAUGUAGAGGCCGUCCGGAGGAAGAGGAGGUCCGAGAAGGAGCUGCUCAAGUCCAUCUUCGAGAGGGCCUCCAAAAGUCCAGGAAGCGACGCCAAGACCGCGGAUCCUAAAGUAUGUACUGCCGAGGUUGCCUCCCCCAGUGAUGGUGAGGAUCGGACCCCCGGGCGUCUCCAGGCCAUCUGGCCCCCACCCAAGCCCAACAAUGAAGAGGAGAAAGUGGGCCUGCGGUACACGGAAGCAGAGCAUCAAGCUGCCCUGCUCCAGCUGAAGAGGGAGUGCAAAGAGGAGGUGGAGAAGCUACAAGCUGACUUCGAGCUGCAGAUCUUCCAGGUGCGUGGUGAGAAUGCGGUCCAGGUGUCUCGGCUCGAGACGGCCAUCACCAAGAUGCAGCGCGACCGCGCCUACAGCCCCGGACACCUGUAUGGCAGCCUCCGCGACGCAGCCACCUCCACCGAGGACGAGAACACGGCGCCUCGCACCACACGCAAUGUCUGCGUCCAGACCGACCGCGAGACCUUCAUCAAGACGCCCGACGGAGAGGCACCGGCGAACGGUCGGCCCGCCUCCAGCCCCAUGCCUAAGAGACUCAACCCAGACACGCUCCGGAGGGCGGAGCAGGGUCCAGGAGGUCCGGGGGGUCCCUCUGCACCCCCACCUCCACCCCCACCCCCACCUCCUCCUCCACCCCUGCCAGGGUCAUCAGGAGGACCCUUCAUGCCUCCCCCACCACCACCUCCUUUACCAGGGAUGGGUGCCGGCGGCCCCCUGCCACCCCCACCUCCACCUCCUCUGCCUGGGAUGGCUGGGCCUGGUGGACCUCCACCCCCGCCACCCUUGCCUGGUGUAGGCGGGCCACCUCCUCCUCCACCUCCUCCAGGGUGUGGUCCUCCUCCUCCUCCCCCCAUGCCGGGCUUCGGUGGCCCUCCUGCGCCUCCUCCGCCCUCCCUGGGCUCCUUCGGCCAGUUACGGCAGGCGCCGCCCCGCAAGCCCGCCGUGGAGCCAGCCUGCCCCAUGAAGUCCCUCUAUUGGACUCGCAUACAGAUCCAGGACACCAACAACAACACGCUGUGGGGAUCUUUGGAGGAGCCGGACAUCAUCAACACCAAGGAGUUUGAGGACCUCUUCUCCAAAGCCAACGUACAGCAGAAGAAGAAACCUUUAUCUGACACCUUCGAGAAGAAGGCCAAGGCCAAGAAGAUCGUGAAGCUGCUGGAUGGGAAGAGGUCUCAGGCGGUCGGCAUCCUCAUCUCCAGUCUGCACCUCGACAUGAAGGACAUCAUGACAGCUGUUUUGACUGUCGAUAACUCGGUGGUGGACUUGGAGACCAUCGAGGCCCUGUACGAGAAUAGGGCGACCAAUGAGGAGUUGGAGAAGAUCCAGAAGCACCAUGACAGCACCAAGGAGGAGGAAGUGAAGCUACUGGACAAGCCGGAACAGUUCCUGUACGAGCUGUCCCAGAUCCCGGACUUUUCUGGAAGGGCACACUGUAUCAUAUUCCAGACGCUCUUCCAGGACGGAAUCUCCUCCAUCCGACGCAAAGUGGAGAUUGUUUCCACCGUCUCUAAGGGUCUACUGGAGUGCAAUGGCGUGAAGGAUGUGAUGGGGCUGGUGCUGGCGUUUGGGAACUACAUGAAUGGUGGCAACAGGACCAGAGGACAGGCCGACGGCUUUGGACUGGAGAUCCUUCCCAAGCUGAAGGACGUCAAGAGCAGAGAUAGUCGCAUUAGCUUGGUGGAUUAUGUGGUGUCAUAUUACCUGCGCAACAUGGAUAAGCAUGCAGGCACAGACAAAAGUGUCUUCCCGUUGCCCGAGCCUCAGGACUUCUUCCUGGCUGCGCAGGUCAAGUUUGAGGACCUCUUCAAGGACAUCAGGAAGCUGAAGAGAGACCUGACAGCGUGUGAGAAGAAUGUCCAGAAGGUGUGCUCCAACUCAUUAGAGGAGCACCUACAGCCUUUCAAGGACAAGAUGGAGGCCUUCGUCAGCACUGCCCAGUCGGAACACACAGCAGAAGACGAACGACUUCAGGCAGCGCAGAAGAGGUUCCUGGACAUGGUCAAUUUCUUCGGUCUGAGGCCAAAGUCGGGCGAGAAGGAAGUUGCCCCCGGUUACGUCUUCAUGCUGUGGUACGAGUUCUGCAAUGACUUCAAGACUACGUGGAAGCGCGAGAGCAAAAACAUCUCCAAAGAGCGACUUAAGGAAGCACAGCAGACGGUGCAGAAGAUGACUGCUGAGAAGAGGGUGGAGACGAAGAAGAUCAAUGCUAACAGUCUGAAAGAGAGGCUGCGCCAGAAGGAAGCCAGUGUGUCCUCCAGCUGAGAACGAAGAAGCAGAAGAGACAGAACGACACCCCUUCUUCUCCUGCAUCACUCCUACACUUACUUCCUUCCUAGCCUUCACCACAUGCCUUUUAUAAGUAGCCAUACCUCAGUCUUUCUAGUGUACUACUACAGAGGACCCACUCGCCUACAGUACUACCACAAUGACACCACAGUAUGUAUACGGUGUACAUACUACGUUGCAGUGGCCACCUCAGUAUACUAUCUAGCAGAGGCGACCACUGUAUGCAUACUGCGAAAUGUACCAUCUUGCAGUGGCCACUUCAGUAGGCCUAUGCAUACUAUAUACUAUCUUGCAGUGGCCACCUCAGUAUGCAUACUGCAUAAUGUACUCUACCAUCUUGCUUUGGUGACCACAGUAUGCAUAUUGGGUAAUGUUCUAUCUUGCAGUGGCCACCUCAGUAUGCAUACUGCGUCCUGUCGUGCAGAGGCCACCUCAGUAUGCAUACUGCGUCCUGUCGUGCAGAGGCCACCUCAGUAUGCAUACUGCGUCCUGUCGUGCAGAGGCCACCUCAGUAUGCAUACUGCGUCCUGUCGUGCAGCGGCCACCUCAGUAUGCAUACUGCGUCCUGUCGUGCAGAGGCCACCUCAGUAUGCAUACUGUGUCCUGUCGUGCAGAGGCCACCUCAGUAUGCAUACUGCGUCCUGU